AUGAAUCUUAUUGACAAAACAAUAGAAGCCACGCUGGACUCAUCUGAAUAUGAUUAUGAAUUUGAUUAUGAGGAACUGAUUGUGGAUUGUUCCUCUGAAUAUGUGAUUAUCACAGUUCCUGUGAUCUUCUCCGUCGUGUUCGUCUUUAGUCUUCUGGGAAACUCGAUGGUUCUGGUGAUUCUCGGGCUUUACGAGAGCCUUAAAUCAAUCCCCAACAUCUGUAUCUUUAACCUGGCCGUAUCCGACCUGAUCUUCACACUCGGACUCCCGUUCUGGUCCAGCUCCUUGGUCUGGGGCUGGAGGUUUGGGGACGUAAUGUGUAAAAGUGUGAACUUCGCCUUUUCUGUGGGAUUCUGUGGAAGCGUGAUGUUCCUGAUGGUGUUGACUCUUCAGAACUACGUAGCGGUGCUCCACCCUCAGUCUGAGUGGAGCAGAGUGAAGCAGGUUGGAGUUAUCUCCAUCUUUAUUUGGGUGGUGAGCUUUUUAGCAGCAUCAUCAGAGUUACUGUACAGCGAAGUCGUUCUGGAAAUCUCUGAAAACUCUACUAAACUGAACUGUGUGAACACGAACUCUGAACCGCACCGCUCCAGAGUCUACAGAAACCUGAUUUUUGUUUUCUGUUUUUUAGUCACAGGUUUUUGCAGCUCAAGAAUUCUUCUAACCUUCAGCAGAUUCCUAACAAACACCACUAACAGCACUAACAUCAGUUCUAUAAGAUCAUCCAUCAGACUCGUGCUCUGCCUGGUGCUGCUGUUCUUUGUGUUUUCAGCUCCGUAUAACAUCAUGACACUUCUGAAGCCCUUAAUGUUUGAUCACAUUACAGCAUGUGAUGAUUAUUAUGUUAAUUUUGAGUUUGCACUGAUGGUGUUUCGGCUGCUGGCUUAUUCCCACUGCUGCCUCAAUCCAGCGAUUUAUAUUUUAACUGAGAAAAAAUUCAGAGAUCAUUUGAGGACACUUCAACAGAAGAUACUUCAGCAGCAAAUCAAUAGAGAAUCAAAUCAAAUGGAAAUGGAAGAAACAAACUCUUAUAUUUCUGUUUAA